CCUCCUCCUCUUCCUCCUAUUUCUCACCGCAUCUUCUGUGCCACCUGCCACAGCCGCGACGCAGCGAUGAUGGAAAAACACGAGCUCCUGUAAAUGAGGCAAAAGGCACCGAAAAGCUCACGAUCUGUCACUGGAUGAGGACACGCCACCGGAAAGUCUUACACUAGGUAAAGGACCGGGGACUGAGUAGCGCCGAAUCACAAACAUAUGGUUAGUGUGAGGAGGAAGAGUGGUCGUUUCAUCUGCACCGGGCUUCAAACUUAAACUCCGCCUAAAGGAUUCACGAAUACGUCUUGGUUUGUUGCUGGGGCAUUUUUUGGACUUGUUGGUAUUCACGUUGUGCGCUCCACCUGUGAGAGCGCAUCUGUAGGUUAGUUUUACGUGGAUCUGACUGCGGUGUGCCUGUUGUGCUUGCUUGGACGCGCGCACGCACACACCUACAUCACAAGACUGAGUACAGCCUACAAAACCAACUCACAGGGAGGAAAUUAAAUUAGACAAGUUUUUUUUUUUUUUUUGGAAGAUAAGAGACGUCAACAAACCCAGGCUCCAUUUUCUCUGUUAGUUUUUUUUUCUUUUUCUUUUUCUUUUUUUUUUCCUUUACCCCCACCACCUCCCAUUAUCACGAUCAAUAGUUGCAGCCAAGAAAAUCCCCUCCUCCCCGUUAAAAGCCAUGUCCGGUCAAGCUGUGACCAUCCCAGACGACCAGGCAUUUGCCAGCUUCAAGUCUGAGUGUCUGCGCGAGGACGGCUGGAACGUGACCCACAAUAAGGGGGGCAUCACGGUUUGGGCGCAGGCGCUGGAAGAGGGCAGGACUGUCCACAAAAUGAAGUGCCGGAUGAUAUGCAAGGAUGUGUCUGCAGAGACUAUGUAUGAUGUGCUCCAUGAUAUUGAAUACAGAAGAAAGUGGGACACCAACGUCAUAGAGACCUUUGACAUCGGGAAACUCACGGUCAACGCAGAUGUUGGCUACUAUGCAUGGAAGUGUCCAAAGCCCGUUCGAAACCGUGACGUCAUCACACUGCGCUCUUGGCUGCCAAUAGGGAGAGAUUACAUUAUUAUGAACUACUCCGUCAAACACUCUAAAUACCCUCCUAAAAAGAAUAUGGUUCGAGCUGUUUCCCUCCAGACCGGCUACAUGAUUCAGAGUCAAGGGCCUAACACCUGCAUCCUGACGUACAUGGCCCAGGUUGAUCCGCGAGGUUCAUUACCCAAGUGGCUGGUCAACAAGUCUUCCCACUUCUAUGCGCCUAGUGCAAUGAAGAAGAUCAAUAAAGCGUGUUUGAAAUAUGCAGAAUGGAAACAGAGACACAACCCUGGCUUCAAACCCUGGCUCUAUCCUGAGCAGACUACAUUACCCAGCAUUCCCCUGUCGGAACUUAGCAUCCAGCGUGCUGAGAGCCUGGAGAAUAUUGAUGAGAGCAGCUUGGCUGAGACCCAGGACAGAGGAGAAGACAGUGACUAACACAGCCCUUACUCUACUACAUGUACACAGUGUAAUGCAGGGAUACAAGCAUGUCUGACACGCAUACCAUUAUUUACAGGUAUGAGGUUCUGUAUUAGAGUCGGCAUGAAAAUACUUGUAUACUGUACAUAAAAAUGCAGGUUUUAUGCUGAGAGACUAAAACAUAUAGACAUAUUUUCCUUGUAUACAUAAUUUAUACAUAAUAAACAUCCAUAAAAGAUGCACUCACAGACAACCUCUUAGGCUGCAGGAAUACUUUUUACAUACAGUGGGAAACAUAUUGUACAUUUCCUGUGCCUGAUACAGUGACGUUUGUAAUUGGAGUCUAUCCAGAAAAAUAUAGCAAAAUAGACUGUAUUUUCAGUAGAGUUUACAGUGUCUGUUUACAGAUUUUCCUUGUAUGUAAGUUAUCAUAUACAGUUCACUUCCUUUACCUGAGAGGUAUAUCACUAUAAGUUUAGCUACCUCUCUUUAAAUUCCAGGUAUAGUAGUCCAUGAAAAAGACAACAUGUGUGCACGUCUUAAAAUAUAAUUUAACAUACAUAAAUUUCUUUAUCCUUGAAAACACUGGUGUGUCUCUACCCUUGUUUUAUGAUUUGUUUCCAUCAUCUUUAAUAAUCAUAAAUGGGCAGCUGUAAUCCCCAUCUUGGAAGCUUUGUCUCACAAACAUUUCAGCAUUCUUUCAGCUCCUCUGUUUGCGAGAUGUAUGAAUGUAUGUAGACUUUAACAUGAAAUUCUAUAAAGAUUUUUGAAUUUCACAACAGAA